ACAAGAUCCUGCAAGGGUGCCAAUAAGAGGAGGGUGACUGCAGAGAGGAGAUGGAGCCGAGCAAGCACAGAUCAAGAGGCCACACAAUGGGGAACAGCAGCAACAACAAGAAGUUGCCCCCCUACCUGCUGCUCGUGCUGCUGGCGAUCGGCGCCGCCGCGGUGAGCGUCGGCAUCCUGCACAAGAUGAGGGAGCGCCGCGUCCUCUCCGUCCUCAUCCAGGAACACGACCAGCAGCUCAUGUCCUUCCAAGUCCUCCUCGAGAAAGAAAAGGAAAUUAAUAAAGAGAUGAGAAGGAAAGUGGACGAACUGGAAGCCAAAACAUCUGUCCUAAGCAUUGAAAGGGCAGAAUUGAAAAACAAGCUCAUGGAUUCAGAAACUACCACCACAUAUCUUACCAACACCCAGAAAGAACUAGAAGCAGCUCUUGUGGAGAAAGAGAGCCAUAUCAACCAAAUGAAAGAGAAUACAGCUGCUUCAAACCCUGAUCAGACAACAAGUAUAAAAGAACUUUUGCAGCAAAAAGAAGCCGAGCCUGAUAAAUCUGAAAAUUCUAGUGAUUCCAUACCUGCUACAACAGAAGAUAGCUCCAACAACACUACUGCAUCAGAGAGUGACCACCAGGAUGAGAGCAAUGUUGUGGGAGCAAACAACGAAAAUGCAACUUCAGACACAGUGGCACUUGAGAAACCUGAAAACUCUGGUGACUCCAUGCCUGCUCCAGCAGAAGAAGAAAAUUCCAGUAUCACUAAUGCAUCAGAGAGCAGCCAGCAGGAUGAGAGCAUUGUAGCGGGUGCAAACAAUGAAAAUGCAACUUCUGACGCUGUGGUAUCUGACAAAUCUGAAAACACCAAUGGUUCUGUACCUGCUACAGCAGAAGAACAAAAUUCCUACAAGACCACUGCAGCAGAGAGCAACGAACAGGACAAUAGUUCCUCACAAGAGCAGUUCUUAAAGUUGACAACUAACAUGGAAGAUGGUCAGCCACAAGAGAAUAAAGGUGAUGCCAAUGAACAGUCAGAUGAUACUCCAGAGGGUAGUCAGCAAGAUAAAUCUGAGCUUCCGCAAGGGAGUCAGAAACAGGCAAAUGGUCAGGAAGCCAGCAAAGAAGACUUGGAUGGCACGGGAAAGGAGGAGAACCAUCAAGGCGAGGUCAGCAACCACAGCAGAGACAGUAAACUGCUGGAGAAUGAAGAUGGUAAUGUAGUUCUUAAAGAAGCAGAGAAAGAAAUAAAUCCUGAGGGUACAAGCUCAGAAGACAGCUUGAGCGAAGCCAACCAGAACAAAACGCAAGCACCGGAACCUGCUGCCGACCCUGCAGAUGUAAGCACCAGCACAUCCACAAAUAACGAGGAAAGAAAAGAAACAAGCAAGAGACAUAGGAGGAGAAGGUCCAGAUCUAGAAGGAAGCGGAGGGCCACGGUUGCUGCCAGCAACAAUGAUGGGAAUCAUCAAAUGGAGGUAGAUGCCACAGCAAACCCAUGAACUUAGGACUGGAAAAGUGUUGCAGUACAAUGAUGAAGUAGUAGAAAUACAAAUUUGUAAAAGCAUUCCAGAAGAGACAAAAAUCCGGACCGCAUUCAUACGCUGAAUACCUCUGAAGAGAAAUAGAGAAGAAACAGAAUACCAGAUAUGAAGCUAUAGUUGUCAUUUUGUAGCUGAUGGCAGCAUAAAUAAUAGUUAAUUUCAUAUUAUAAAUGGAUUCCUUCUGUGGACUUGACAAUGUGCUGUAUUUACACUUUAUUUCCUGUAAAUUCUUGCCUGAAUUGUAGUCCAUAUAAAGUUCAGCCACAUGUGAUAAAUCCAUAUUCUCUGCA